AUGCAAGUCCCAUCAAAGAGCAUCCCGCCGCGAUUCACAAUCAAGCUUGGUGAUGCUCGUGCCGUGGAAGGACAACCGCUGCGAUUGGAGUGCAAGGUGGAGGGUUCACCGCUGCCUGAACUGACUUGGAACAAGGAUGGCGUUCAGAUCCAGCCAUCGGAUCGCAUACAGCUCAGCAUGGAACCGGAUGGUACUGCCCGGCUCGUUAUUCCACAGAGUUGUAUGGAUGAUGAAGGAAUUUACCGAGUAAUUGCCACUAACCCCUCUGGUACUGUCCACGACAAAGGUACCGCCACCAUCAAGAAAGCUCCUCGUGACCGAGAACGAUCAGCUGAACGUGAUGAAUUCGACGCUAAUAAAGUCCCGAGAGUUGUCGAUCCGCUCGAAAAUGUCAAGAUCCCUGAGAAACAAGGAUUCCGACUUCGCUGUAAAUUCAGUGGUGAACCAAAGUUGUCUAUCAAAUGGUUCAAAGAUGGCGAACGAGUCUUCCCGUAUGGAAGGCUGAAGCUGUUGGAAUCACCUGACGGCGUAUGUGAGCUGGUCAUUGAAUCGUCAAUUCGGCAAGACGCCGGAGGCUACAGAUGUGUCGCAGAGAACGCGUACGGAGCUGCAAGGACCACUUGUGACGUUACCGUAAUCCGUAAGUGUACUGACGGAAUUGAGAUCGUCGAAUCGGAGAAGAUGAAAUUCGAGUCACUGGAAGACGGAACUCAACGACUCCAUUUGGCCAAUGUGGACUUCUUCAGUGAAGGGAUACUACCGUUGUGUGGCCACCAACGAGCACGGCACUGCCUCGACAAAAGC